CUCUCUCCCUCUCCCUCUCUCCCUCCUAUUAAUAAGAAGGCAAAGAUAAAAAUCAAACCUAAGGUUCAUUUCCUGUAAAAAGAACAAAGCAAGAAUCUCAUCCCCAUCUCUCUUACAUCUCUGAAAGUUUCUUCUUCUUCAUCUCCUUCAUCUUCUUCUAUCAUGUCAAAUGAGAAGAAAAACCCUUACCAGUAUGACCCUUUCGACUACAACCACCAUGAGAUCAAGAAAUCAAGCUGUCCAUUCUUCAACUAUGGUACUUCCUCCUUAUACCAAAAUCCCUCGCAUGACCCACAAACCCUAAAUGGGUUUGGAUCUGAUCAUCCUAAUUCGUUCAUGAGCUUUACCGACUGCCUACACGGAUCAUUGGACUACAACACCCUCUCGAAAGCCUUCGACAUGUCGUGUUCCUCAUCGGAAGUCAUUUCUCCGCCGUUAGAUCAUGACAGCAACUCAAACAAGCAGCAGGCUGCGGCAGCAGGUGUAGGAGAUCACUCAGUGGGGACUAAUAGUACCACUGAAAACCCUUCCACACCAAAUUAUUCCUCAAUAUCUUCUUCCCCUAAUGAAGCUGCUGGUGCUGUUGCUGUUGCUGUUGAUCAUCAAGUUUUAGAUGAAGAUUCAGAUCAUAAGAGCAAGAAAGAUAAACAGCCGAAAUUAGGGUCUGAUGGAGAUGAUGAAGACAAGUCAAAGAAAGGGAACAAAGCAAAAAAGAAAGAGAAACGGAAGAGGGAACCACGGUUUGCGUUUCUGACUAAGAGUGAAGUGGAUCACCUUGAAGAUGGAUACAGAUGGAGGAAGUACGGACAGAAGGCAGUCAAGAACAGCCCUUAUCCUAGAAGUUAUUACAGAUGCACCACACAGAAGUGCAUCGUAAAGAAGCGUGUUGAGAGAUCAUUUCAAGAUUCAUCAAUCGUGAUCACAACAUAUGAAGGUCAGCACAACCACCAGUGUCCAGCAACACUCCGUGGAAAUCUCAAUCUCAACGCUGUCGGAAUGCUGUCACCUAAUUCACUUUUGGCAUCGGCAUCUUUGAGCGGAUCAGCAAAAUUUUCACAUGAAUUCUUAGCUCAAUUUCUCCCAAUGGACAACCAGUUGCAAUUGCAAAGUCGUCAACAUGAUCAUCCACCAAGUUCAACGUUAUACUCAACCCUCAUGAGUCCUCAUCAUCAUCAUCAUAAUCAGCAGCAGCAACAGCUACCUGCUCCUGACCAUGGUUUGUUGCAAGAUUUAGUUCCCUCAUUUAGUCACAAGCAAGAGCCAUGAAUAUUUGUGAGUACUUUUCGAGUCGAUUGGCGGGCAACUAUAUGCACCAAAACUAGGAUAUUUCCAGUACUGUACGUAAAUAUAUCACUGCAAGUAGUACGACAUUUUAUCUUUUGGUCUAGCUAUCUCCUUAUUGCAAUACUUUCUUGUAUGCACGCUUUCUGUGGCCCUGAUCUGUCUCUUUUUCUCAUAAACUUUUGUACGUAGAUUUCUUAGAUGGGCUGAGAAACAGUAUGGCUUUCAAGGAAUUGCAUUCAGUGAGUACUAGUAUAUAUAAUUCUGAGUACUGCAGUGCAUAUGUAUUGUUCCUGUUGUCUUAAAGUUAAUCUACUAUAAAGCUUCUCAAAUUGUUAGUGAA